GUUAUGUAACCUCAAGUAGAUCAGAACUCAGUGCAAGCAACGUUGCCAAAGGAUUAGGUUUAACGUCAACGACGACCAUCUUACUGCCCACAACGACCAGCUCACUGUAAACGACGGUCAGCUCACGAAUGCACUAUAGAUGACGAUGCACACCACCGACCAAACAUCGAACACAAACGCAAGCACAAGCUCAUGGCACUCCAUCCGUCCCUGGACGCCUCACCUCGUCCUCUCAGUCCGUGAAAUCACAUCCGUAUCAGCGACAUUUAUUCUCUCUUCUACACUUUCCCCACCAUCUGAAUUCAUCAACGCAGAUCAUGAAUCUUCGAUACCCACAUCCACAUCCACUGACGCAAUCACAGACCCAGCUACUGAACGCGACCCAGAACUAGAAGUAGAAAUAGAAGGCGAACAAGGAGGAGAACCAGAAGGAGACACAGAAUCCCUAAACUCAACCCGCGGAAUCAUCUCCGAAGCGCUUUCAGCAGGGCUCUCAGUCUCCGUCAACGGUUCCCCAUGGCAGCGCGUCCUAAUACGUCUCCUCGAACCCGCAGAUGAGGCUGUUAUCAUCAUAUACGGGCUCAUGCCUGGACGGCAGUAUGAUAUCGAUCUGGGACUUGUGCAAGGGGGGUUGGCGAGUUCUAUUAGGAGACAGGUCGUUACUGAAGAAGCGGAAGGUGCGAUUGAGAAUGGAAGGUUGGAUGAAGGGACGAGUACAAGUUUUCUCCUCCCAUCGUCUUCCUCAUCCUCCUCGUCAUCAUCAUCUCUAAGCCUCUCAAUGUCCACAUCAUCAACAGACCCACCCCUCACGCAUCCCCAACCCCGCUCCACAUCCCGCUCCACAACACCCACCCAAGAAGACCGUCUUCCCAAACUGAAAACCACACUCGCGAGCCUCCAAACACACAUCUCAGACCUAACCACCACCCUCAAAACCACGCGCAGAGACAGCCAAAAAGCAGACGCGGCACUCAAAAAUGAGAUCGAUGCUCUGAAUCGGGCUUCUGAGAAAGCGAGUGCUGCUGAGAGUAAGGCGAGGCAGCGCAUUCGGGCGCUCGAGGAUGCUGUUCGGAGGGCUAAUGAGGGAAAAGAGGAUGUUGAGAGGGGGAGGAGCGAGCUUGAGGGGUCGAACCCCUGUUUGAGGAAACAAGUCCGCGAGAAGGAGGAUGAAUGUGAGGUUCUCAAAAAGGAGGCUUCGAAAGCGCGUAGGGAACGCGAAGCGAAGGAGGAAGUGAGGAGAAGACGCAUGGAGGGAGUGAAGAAUGAGAUUGGGAGCGUUGAGCAUCGGUUGGAGAGGCUUUAUGCGAGGCAGGAAAAGUUGGAGGGGACGGUGCUGAUUGAUUUGGAGAAGACACUUAGUGAGGUUGAGAGAGAGAUACAGGAGGCGGAGGCGGAGGCUGAUGUGGCUGGGGCGUAUAAUGCGACUAUUGGGAGAUCGAUGCAGAUGGCGCCGCCUGUGUCGCCUCCUCAGUAUCGGAGACAUCAGCCGCGGGCAUCAGCAUAUCGAAUCGGGGAUGGGGCGCCUCCUGGAUUGGGACUUGCGAAUCCGUAUGCGAGUGGACAUGCGUCUAGCUCUGGAUUUUCGCAUUCUACGAGUUCAUCGAUGUCGCAUCCGCAGGUGUCGAUAUUAUCACAUUCGACGAGUUCUGCAGGGUCGCAUAAUGGUGGUGGUGGUGGUGGUGGUGGUAUGCUCCCUACUAGUUCUGCGUCGGGGACGUCGACGCUGUCGAGCAAGGCACCACCUUUUGAGCCUGCGCGUGGGUUUAGGGCUUCGUUUCCGCCAUUGAAACCAUCACCCGGUAUCGCGCCAAUUCAGCGGCCUGUUGGAACGUUCUCGAGGGGUGGUGGAUGAUGGAUUGGUGUGGGGUGUAGGAUGGAGCGCGGGGUCGCUCUGGGCGAGUGAAAUAUUUUAUUCGUGUUGGGAUGUAAAGUGAAUCAGAUCCUUCUUAAGUUUGAAUGUGGAUGUUAUGGGCCGCGCUUCGUUAUGAUUGAUACUGGAUGAAUCUGCCAUUC